AUGGCUCAAGCACCUCCUUCACCGUGGUCAAGAUGGGAUGCUCCUGGAUAUCAAUAUGUGUCUAAUCAAACUGAAGCUCCAUAUGCUAUACAUCAUGAUACUGGUUUCGAAGAUCCUUCUUCACAAACUUCCAGUGCAGUGCUGCCGAGAUUAGGAGCUAGUAGGCUUAUAGAACAGAGGAGAUUCCCAGAUGAUGAGGACUUUGUUGAAUGCGUAUAUGGAGUAGAAAAGUCAGUAGUUCGUUACAUAGAACGGUGCUUAGCCAAAGAUGGGUGUUGUGAAACUACGUGUUGUAAAAAUCGUUGGGAAGAAGGAUAUAAUUGGGCAGUUGCGCUGCUCAUUAUAUUUUGUGUACUCGUAAUUCUUGCACUGUUUAUUACAUUGUUUUGCUGGCUGUAUAAUCGAGCUAAAGAUAAGCAUCAGAAACGUCUGAUCAAUGAAUCAAUGGGAGGAUUAAGUCCAGCCAUUUCAAAGGCUAAUAUGGCUGCAGUCGAAAAUCGAAAUGAAAGCGGCUACUAUCCAUUUGUUGGUGGGCCUUAUCAGUAUUGA